AUGGCAGAUGAAGUGAAGCUUUUAAAGACAUGGUCGAGUCUAUUUGGUCUCCGGGUUGUUUGGGCACUAAAGAUCAAGGGCGUCCAAUAUGAAUCAAUAGAUGAAGAUCUCACCAACAAGAGCCCUUCACUUCUCCUAUACAAUCCUGUUCACAAAAAGAUUCCAGUCCUCGUACACGACAGCAAACCUGUUGUUGAAUCACUUAUAAUCCUUGAAUACAUUGAAGAGACAUGGAAGCAAAAUCCCUUGUUGCCUGAACAUCCAAAGGAGAGAGCUGCAGCUCGCUUCUGGGCAAAAUUUGGUGAUGACAGGGUUAUGCCAUCAAUAUGGGAAGCAUUUAUCAAGGGCAGAGAAGAGGAAGAGCACUGUGCUUUUGCACCAGCUAUUGAGAACCUGAAAUUCUUGGAGGAACAACUCAAGGGAAAACAAUUCUUUGGUGGAGAGAGGAUCGGACUCGUAGAUAUUGCGUUGGGUUGGCUAGCUAACCUAAUCCCUGUAUUAGAAGAGAUACAUGCAAUAAAACUGAUGGACAGGGAAAGAUUUCCAUUAUUAUUUGCGUGGAUUCAGGAGUUUUCAAAGACUCCAGUCAUUGCAGAUUGCUGGCCGCCACAUGAAAAACUAGUCUCCAAGUACCGUGCCAUUCGUGAGUCCCUCCUUGCAGCAGCGCCACCUCAUCAUGCCUGA